AUGGCCACAUUGAAAGCCUCCGUCUUCAACACUCCAUCGCCCAAACGCACCGCCACCACGGCUGACAGAAUCACACUGCGCGUUACCCCGCCGCGGGCAGAGCCCAUGGCCAACCGCAUGCGCGACCCCAUGUCCGAACUCAAGGGCCGCAUGAUCUCGAAGAAGCGCUGCAAUGCCAUUAUGGAGCGCAACUACAGGACUUUUAAAGAGAAGCAGAAAGAAACCUUCAGCGCGUUGUCGGCGCUCGAGAGGUUUGGCGCGUAUGCCGACGACAUGCAAGAAUCCAAUGCGGACAAGGCCGCCCGCAGGAGACAGAAGGGCAAAGUCUGCGACUUGAUCGACGAAAUCGAUCGCGCCUUGCCGUCGCCGCGAAAAGGUCGGAAGAAGCGCCACAUGGAGAGGACCGACCCCGUGGAGCCCGUUAAGAGGCCCAGGGAGAAGGAGAAUUUGUCUGCCAGGAGUGUCCAGACGCCUGUGUCACCUGAUCGGAGAAAGGCGGCCAGGCCGAAAAGGAGACCCGCCCAGGAGGGGCGGAAGACAAGGCAACAAGGCCGCGUCGUCAUGCGUUCGGUUUCCGCCUCGCAUCCCCAAUUCCUGCCGAAGAGUCGCGACUCACCUGAGCGCUCCGUUAAGCCCGACGCGGACGGCGUCGAAGAGAAGCUCGAUGUCAAGGCCAGCAGCCCGGAAGAGUGCGCAACCCUCGUUGCGCCUGCUUCCAAUGUUGAAGCGCGCUUUGCUGCGGAAGAGACGUCGUCCACUGACGGAUCUGGCGACCACAAUUCGGACAGCGCCAAAAUAAUGUCAGAAGCCGAGACAAGCGAUGAUGGCAAACCCAAUCCUGACGUGCCGCUUGUGUCUAGUCCAAACACGCGCUUGAAUUCCCCAGUCACUCGGUUACCGACUCCCUCAUGCAAAAGCAAUACGAAAGGAGGACAAUCGAAAGCGGAGGAGGACAGCAGUUCCCGUAAGGAUAUCCAAGGGACCAAGAAACGUGUUUGCGCCCAACCUUCCCUCCCUGUGUCACAGAUUGGCGGGUCUCCCCCUCGGCCUAGCAAAAGAAAACCAACGACCAGAGAGUCUGAGCCGGACAUUGCAAAAAGUCGCAAGACCCAUGAGACAGAAGGGAAGGGGAAAUCACCAAAUGAAACGCCCCGUCGUAUGAGCAACCGACUUCGUAAUGGACGGCGAGAGAAACACCCAGAUAUUCGAUUGCGCGCGCUGUCUGAGAAGGAAAAGGAUAAGUACGAGUCUAUCACUACCGGAGCGAAAAAACGUGUCAUCGUUGAUAUCAAAGAGGCCAACAUCGAACUAUGCGGUCGAGAUUUCAGUCGCCUUCGGGCCUCGCGCUGGUUGAGUGAUGAGCUCAUGAACUCUUUUAUCGCCCUGGUCAAUUCCAGAAACAUGGCUUACGUUGCUAAAUUAGAAUGCCCUGAAGUGACACCAGAACUUCUUUUGCUGACCACCAAGAUGUCCAAAGCUGGACUUGCUGAUGAACGGACCCCAUCAACUUCGGAGGGUUCCAGUGAAAAGGUUACUGUUGAUGAAGAGAAAGGAAAGGUCAUCCAUGUUUUCAAUCGCCCGCGCCCUCGUACACACAUCUUCAAUACAUUCUUCUUCACGCGCUUGACACAUGGUGACAGAUACGACUAUGAUGGGGUGAAAAGGUGGCUACAACGGGCCGAUCAGCAUGUUUCCGAGCUAGACUUGAUCAUGUUUCCAAUUAACGUCAAUAACUUGCACUGGGUCCUGACUGCGAUCGACCUUCGGGGAAGAAAGCUUCUAUAUUUUGACUCUAUCGGUGGUGAUGAUGUCCUUGAUACAAUGGGCAUUCUGCGUCGCUGGCUAGCAGACGAGGUCCUGGAUAAGUGCGGGGAGGAGAGGUUGCAAGAGAUGAACAUUGAUUCAUGGGAUGUGGAAGUCGAUCCGUCGUAUAUGCCUCGUCAAAAUGAUUAUGGGUCUUGCGGUGUAUUUAUUCUCUACACGGCUGAGUUCUUGGAACGUGGUGUUUGCCCCAGUUUUGAGCAGGGUGAUAUGGCAGUGCUUCGGCAGAGAACUGCACUCUUCCUUAGUGAAGGAACCCUGCCUAAUUGAAUCGAAACAAGACCAUGUCUUUCUCGUUUUCUGUAAGAUUUGUACGGACGCCAAGAUCCGAACUGGCUCUGGAGAAUGCAGACAAAUUCGAAUUUGACCUCUCCGUUAGGCAACCGAUCUUUCUGCGUGGACAGCCAGUUCUGCAGCCUCGAGAGGUUGUGCCCUGCGAUGAGGCUGCUCGAUUGUCGCUAUUUCCGCACUGAUCCGCCUUCGACGAAAAUUUGAAUGCAAACUAGACGCAGGAAGAGAUUGACCCGUCCCGUCUGUCUAACGACAUGAAAAGCUUGCCCUCUGCCCUCCAUCUUCUGCUAACCUUCAUGCAGUGGUUAUAACUUGACUUUGUGCUCUAUAUAUGUGCCAUGGACGGUCUCUGUGGAGUAAUGCAGCGCUAUUACGAGAAUACCGUCAGAUCAGGCUGACGACAUUAGAUUACGUAAAUAUAUGUUAUUCGAAAG